CGUUAAGGCAAUCCAGUUUCAUAACCUUGAGUGGGAGGAGUCUGGUUUUUCUGGAAGCUGGGAGCAGCAGCGCUGGAGUCAGGGGGAACUGGAGCAACGGCAGCCAGCGUGAACGAGCAAGGGAAAAGCCUCGCGCGUUUCAGUCAAGCCCUGCGCGUGGGUAGAAUGAGUAGAUUUAACUGAACUGCGCACUUUAAUAACAGCUUACGUUAUUUUAAAUCCCAGAAACGGUGUGUAGUUCUUUUUUUGGGCUCGAUAGAAAUAGUUAGUUAGUUAGUUUAGCGUUUAGAAGACUUAACCUACUUGUUUCCGUGACUUCAACUGCGAUUAUUUUGGAGUUGUUUUUAACGUUUGAAUUACCCUAGCAUCGAGUGGCGGGAUUAAGGGGGCCGGGAGAGAGGGAAGAGAAGGUGGGGCAGAGUGAGUCAAACGGACCGAGCGCUCACUCCUGUCCACUCGCUUCAACUGAACCACCAACGGAUAUUUUCUUCCCCUUAAAACGAAAGGAAUCAAUCAUUAUUUGUUUAUCGGAAUUUGGAGACCGAUAACGUCGGCUGUCAGCGUUUCUUUUCGCCGCACAUUACAGGUACUCUAAUCUACACUGUAAAUCCUCUGAUAUUUACCGUUUGGACGGAUUUUUUUUUGGAGGGGGGGAGUGUAAAUUCCCCGGUCUUGUUGGACCAUGGCCGACGACGACGUGCUCUUUGAAGAUGUUUACGAGCUGUGCGAGGUCAUUGGCAAGGGGCCGUUUAGUGUUGUACGAAGAUGCAUCAACAGGGAGACAGGCCAACAGUCUGCUGUGAAGAUUGUGGAUGUGGCCAAAUUCACCUCCAGCCCUGGCCUCAGCACAGAAGAUCUGAAGAGGGAAGCGAGCAUCUGCCACAUGCUGAAACAUCCUCACAUAGUGGAGCUUCUGGAGACCUACAGCUCUGAUGGGAUGCUCUACAUGGUGUUUGAGUUCAUGGAUGGAGCAGAUCUCUGCUUUGAGAUUGUGAAGAGAGCAGACGCUGGUUUUGUUUACAGUGAGGCAGUAGCCAGUCACUACAUGAGACAGAUCCUAGAGGCUUUGCGGUACUGCCAUGACAACAACAUCAUUCACCGGGACGUAAAGCCUCAUUGUGUGUUGCUGGCAUCAAAGGAGAACUCUGCUCCGGUGAAACUUGGUGGCUUUGGUGUGGCUAUACAGCUGGGAGAGUCCGGAUUAGUGGCUGGAGGCCGGGUGGGUACUCCGCACUUCAUGGCACCUGAGGUGGUGAAAAGAGAACCCUACGGGAAACCUGUGGAUGUUUGGGGCUGCGGAGUCAUCCUCUUCAUUCUUCUGAGUGGCUGCCUGCCCUUCUAUGGCACCAAAGAGCGCCUGUUUGAAGCAAUCAUAAAAGGAAAAUAUAAGUUGAAUCCUCGGCUGUGGGGCCAAAUCUCAGAGAGUGCCAAAGACCUGGUGCGACGUAUGCUGAUGCUGGACCCUGCAGAGAGGAUAACAGUGUAUGAAGCUCUUAACCACCCUUGGCUCAAGGAGAGAGACCGCUAUGCCUACAAGAUCCACCUUCCUGAGACAGUGGAGCAGCUGAGGAAGUUCAAUGCCAGGAGGAAGCUAAAAGGCGCAGUGCUCGCUGCAGUCUCCAGUCACAAGUUCAACUCUUUCUAUGGCGACCCACCAGAAGAACUGCCUGACUUCUCUGAGGACCCUACUUCAUCAGGGGCUGUGUCACAAGUGCUAGACAGUUUGGAGGAAAUCCAUGCGCUGACUGACUGCAGUGAGAAAGACCUGGACUUUCUACACAGCGUCUUCCAGGACCAUCACCUCCACACAUUGCUUGAUCUGUAUGACAAGAUAAACACCAAGUCUUCACAACAAAUUAGGAAUCCUACAAGUGACGCAGUUCAGAGAGCCAAAGAGGCACUUGAGGAGAUUUCAUGCUACCCGGAGAAUGCAGACGUUAAAGAACUGAGACGGAUUUUAUCCCAGCCCCAUUUCAUGGCCUUACUUCAGACUCAUGAUGUUGUGGCGUAUGAGGUGUACAGUGACGAGGCACUGAGGGUCACCCCACCCCCCACAUCACCAUAUCUCAACGGAGACUCACCUGUGAGCAUGAACGGAGACAUGGACAUAGAGAAUGUUACACGAGUGCGCCUAGUUCAGUUCCAGAAGAACACGGAUGAACCAAUGGGCAUCACAUUGAAAAUGAAUGACUUGAACCAUUGCAUCGUGGCAAGAAUAAUGCAUGGAGGAAUGAUCCACAAACAAGGAACUUUGCAUGUUGGAGACGAGAUCCGGGAGAUCAAUGGCAUAAGUGUAGCAAAUCAAACGGUGGAGCAGCUUCAGAAGAUGCUUCGGGAAAUGAGAGGCAGCAUCACCUUUAAGAUUGUGCCAAGCUACCGCAUACAGCAGUCAUCCUGUGAGAAAGAAUCCCCCCCCACUUCCAGACAGUCCCCUGCUAAUGGCAAUUGCAGCAUUAACAGUUCUAUCUUGGACUUGCCGUCAACCAUCCAGCCAAAAGGACGUCAGAUCGCCAGACCUCCAAUCAAGGAUACAUAUUCCAUCAAGAUCUUUGUACGGGCACAGUUUGAGUAUGAUCCGGUGAAGGAUGACCUCAUCCCCUGUAAAGAGGCAGGGAUUCGUUUCAGGGUGGGUGACAUAAUCCAGAUUAUCAACAAAGAUGAUCAUAACUGGUGGCAAGGCAAGCUGGAAAACACCAAGAAUGGCACAGCGGGACUGAUUCCCUCACCUGAACUUCAGGAGUGGAGGGUGGCCUGUAUAGCCAUGGAGAAAACCAAGCAAGAACAGCAGGCAAGCUGUACUUGGUUUGGCAAGAAAAAAAAGCAGUACAAAGACAAAUACCUUGCAAAGCACAACGCAGUGUUUGAUCAACUAGAUCUGGUCACAUAUGAGGAAGUAGUGAGGUUGCCAGCAUUCAAGAGGAAAACAUUAGUUUUAUUAGGUGCUCACGGUGUUGGCCGAAGACACAUCAAGAACACACUAAUCACCAAACACCCAGACAGAUUUGCUUAUCCCAUUCCACACACAACCAGACUUCCAAAGAAAGAUGAAGAGAACGGCAAGAAUUAUUUCUUUGUAUCCCAUGAUCAAAUGAUGCAGGACAUCUCCAACAAUGAUUACCUGGAGUACGGCAGCCAUGAGGAUGCAAUGUACGGCACGCGGUUGGAGACAAUACGCAAGAUCCAUGAGCAGGGACUCGUAGCCAUACUGGACGUAGAGCCACAGGCUCUGAAGGUUUUACGGACAGCUGAAUUUGCUCCCUAUGUGGUUUUCAUUGCUGCGCCAACUAUCACUCCCGGCAUGAAUGAGGACGAGUCAUUACAGAGGCUGCAGAAGGAGUCCGAGAUCCUCCAGAAGACAUAUGCACACUAUUUUGACCAAACCAUUAUCAAUAAUGAGAUUGACGAGACUAUUCGACUCUUGGAGGAAGCCAUAGACCUGGUUUGCACCACUGGCCAGUGGGUUCCAGUAUCCUGGGUCUACUAAAACAGCGAACCCAUCAGCCUGUAACCUUACACCCUUCAUAACCUCACACUGUGUAGUGCAUUUCUGCAAGAAAAAAAAAAAAUGAUUCAAACAGAAGCCCACCAACAACAUCCAUGUACCUUAAGUGAGCCUAGCCUUGGCCCCUCACACACUACCUAGAUGUAGUGUUGUAUUUAUGAAAAAAAAUUAAAGAAAUACUAAAUAUUGUCAUGUCUAUAUAGCUAGGAGGCAGCAUUUUGUAGACUGAUUUAAAGAGACAAUAUCCUACAUGAUGCAUUUUCCUGCAAUAUUUUUUUAUUUAUUUUUAUUUUUUCGUUUUUCUUCUCAUUUUUCUGUUAUUACCAGAGCAGAAGUGCAGUGUCUCUACAGCAGAAUCCUCACAGCUUUCAUCUGGCCAUUAACUCAGCCAUCAUACAUAAUCCUCACAUUAUACAUGUGGCAGAGCCCAGCUGCUUUAGCACAACCUUCCCAUUUGCCUUUUUUUGUUUUGUUUUUCAUCUUCUACUCGAUGGAUACUGUCUCUAAAGAUGUACAUAAAUGUUUUAGAGAUAUGAAUGAGAUCUCAUGCAUGUGAACAUUCACAAGCUUCCAUGCUGUCAGUGUUAGCUGUGUUCAGACUGUCAACCACAGCAGAAAACAUUGCAUUCGUCUGGAUGAACACAUUCAAACAAGAGGGGCCGGUGACGAUGAGGAAAAAAAGAAGACCUAUGCACAUCCCUUGCAUUUUGGCAAAUUUGUAAACAGUUUAUUUUUACCAAUCAUGUAGUAAAACGUGUUUGUAAAUGGUCUAAAUUUUUAUUUGUUGUAAGAUUAAGGGGUUCAGGAUGAAAAUGAGUUCACUGAACUGUUCUGUCGUUUCAGAAAUGUGUGGUUUCUGUGGAGUUGUUUGAGGAAGAGGUGCGUCUGUGCAAAGCGAAGGACAAUGUCUGUUCUGUACAUGACAAACUGUUAACUCAAACUGUUUACUCUGUGUAAAUGGCUCUGCCGAUGAUGGAGCAGCUCUUCGAUAUGAGUGUUUUUAAAAAAUAUAUAUAUUUCCUUUUAUGUGGUGAAGAUCUCCUCUGUCUUCUGCUCUGUGUUGCUCAUUGUCUCUGUGUGAGUUGGCAGAGACGGGGCCAGUGGAAAACUGUUGGUAGGUCACGUCCUGCCCGCUUGACAUAUGUGUCUGAGUGUGACGCAGAGUGUGUUUGCUGGACUAACGGUACUCUUUCAUAUUUCUGUAUGCAUUAGAAACAAAGAGCGAGUGUGUAAAGUGUUAUUUUAAAGAAGUCUGUUCUUCAAGGCUGCAUUUAUUUAAUUACAAAUAGAGUAAAAUGGUAA